AUGAUUUAAAACAUCGAUACAAUCGAUUGUAUAUAAAAGUUUUUCAAAGGCUCAGAACUCAAAAUUUUAAGGCAAUAUUUCAUCGAGUACUUACUUAUUUUAUGAGACUGUUUGAAUUUUGUGAAAAAUAUUUGAGUCGUGUUGAAAAUUGGGACAAUGAAUGCAAUUAAGUUUGAAAUUCAACGGGUGCAGUACAAGCGCUUAUACCAGGAGACGCAGUUAAAGUCAGAGUCAUCAAAGCUACUGGUGCUACCGGCAGCAAACUUGGGCGAAACUUUGAGGCGAAUUCCUGGCGCACACGAAUAUUUCAAUAUUUCUGACGAAAUUGAACGCCUUGGUGAUCCAGAGAACAAUGGUGGAGAAGGAGAGAACGGGGACGACCAGGCUGACGAAGAAAACGAAGAAGAAGAAGCUCCGAAUGAAGAAGAUGGCGACGAGAAUAACGACGAAACAGAAGAAGAAGACGAUGACGAAGAUGACGAGGACGAAAAUGAGGAGGCAAUCUAUGAAGAACUUCGUCGUCACUAUAUCGACGGGCUACGACUCAACCCCUGUCCGGUUAGCUCCAGAUUGGGCAUGCAUGCGCAACUACAACCACUCAUUGGUUCACGUUUACCGAUCGUAGUGACUCAGCGUACACAUCCAACAUUUGAUAUUGGACAUUUUGAGAGGUAUUAUGUGAGUGGGCACUGGCGUAGGGAUAGGAAUGCAUAUCCUGCAAAUCCAGCUGGAAAUCAGUCUUCUAAUCCAACCAUAGAGGAUUACGAACCUCUCAUCGGGAGUGACCCAGCAUAUCAACUGUGGACUAGAAUGCGACGAGCUGGAUAUUUAACCGAUCAGUGGCCAGAGUCGACUAGCCAGUUUGGGAGGAUGCAGAUGCUGCCAGCAACUCCAAAUCCGCGCAGACAGUCCAAUCAACACUUUCCAAUGCAACAGCAGUUUUAUGCACCCAGAUAUCAGGCUAUAAAUCCAUCUAGUUAUCAGGCUACAAAUCCACGAAGAGAUCCCUAUACCCAAGCCGGAGCUUUUGGGAGAGAAAUAGUAUAUCCUCCCAACAGAGAGGUGAAUCGAUGGAAUGUUUAUAGUCCACGCGGAGAGCUGACUUCAACCGAAUAUUCGCCGAUGGUAGAGUAUCAAAGAUCGGAUCCCAACACAGAAAACCCACCGAGAAAUCGCUUUGAUUAUAGCGCAUAUAGAGUCGGAGAUACUUUUUUAUAUUCUCCCCCAAUGCCUGGAUCCAAUCAGCCAGCAUCCCAUCAGCCGGAUUCCGUGCGAUCUUCAAAUGCACUCCAGUCGUAUCCAUCACACAGAGAAGCGUCUGCUUUCGCCAUAGUGGAUCCAAACAAUGCAAAUCCAGCCAGAAAUCGCUUUGAUUAUAGCGGAUAUAGAGUCGGAGAUACUAUUUUAUAUUCUCCCCCAAUCCCUGUAUCCAAUCAGCCAGCAUCCCAUCAGCCGGAUUCCGUGCGAUCUUCGAAUGCACUCCAGUCAUAUCCAUCACACAGAGAGGCGUCUACUUUCGCCAUAGUGGAUCCAAACAAUGCAAAUCCACCCAGAAAUCGCUUUGAUUAUAGCGGAUAUAGAGUCGGAGAUACUUUUUUAUAUUGUGCCCCAAUACCUGGAUCUAAUCAGCCAGCAUCCCAUCAGCCGAAUUCCGUGCGAUCUUCAAACGCACUCCAAUCGUAUCCAUCACACAGAGGGGCGUCUUCUUUCGCCAUAGUGGAUCCAAACAAUGCAAAUCCACCCAGAAACCGCUUUGAUUAUAGCGCAUAUAGAGUCGGAGAUACUUUUUUAUAUUCUCCCCCAAUCCCUGGAUCCAAUCAGCCAGCAUCCCAUCAGCCGGAUUCCGUGCGAUCUUCGAAUGCACUCCAGUCAUAUCCAUCACACAGAGAGGCGUCUACUUUCGCCAUAGUGGAUCCAAACAAUGCAAAUCCAGCCAGAAACCGCUUUGAUUAUAGCGGAUAUAGAGUCGGAGAUAUUUUUUUAUAUUCUCCCCCAAUACGUGGAUCCAAUCAGCCAGCAUCCCAUCAGCCGAAUUCCGUGCGAUCUUCAAACGCACUCCAAUCGUAUCCAUCACACAGAAGGGCGUCUUCUUUCGCCAUAGUGGAUCCAAACAAUGCAAAUCCACCCAGAAACCGCUUAUAUUAUGGCGGACAUAGAGUCGGAGAUAUUUUCUUACAUUCUCCCUCAAUCCCUGGAUCUUAUCAGCCAGCACCCUUUCGGUCGGAUUUCGUGCGAUCUAGAAAUGCAGCUUGGCGGGUCUUGGAAAUUGCACUCCAAUCGGAUCCAUCAUACAGAGAGGCUCGAACUCGAACUUCAUGUAUAUGCCACCAUCCGAAUUGUCCUCAAUUCGGUGCUCAGUUUGAGGAUGCUAGAACCCGACGUGUAUUAGCAAGCAGACAGUUUACCACGUAUACCCCCUCGGGACGCCUUGUACCUCAAUCCUGGUACCAUGCCUUGCAACACGCUGGACUGUUGCGGACUACACCUAGAGAGCAGUCGGCAAACCAAUAUUCACCCAUCGGACAGGAUGUAGCCCGAUCCGUGAAUGAGCAGCAAUCCAAUCCAGCCAAUGACCCGGCUACAAGUCCACCGAAAGAGCUGGCUAAUGGCCCACCACACUUGCAUGGUCCCUAUGAGCCGCUGCUGGCCCAUCGCCUGGCCAAUGCCGUGGAAUAUGGCCUAUUCACUGCUGAAGACGACGACGACGGUCAGACUACACUGUUGAUGAACGACGUCCUAGAUCAGAUAGUAAGACUGCGACCCGAUUUAAUGGAACAACCCAACGAUGAUAACAACGAAACGAUUAAUCCCUUGGACGUGCGUGAAGCGAAUAUAAGAGAAGAGCAGAAGACGCUCUGGGAAGUUUGUAAGAGUCGCCGCAAUGACAAGUAAUUCAAAGAAUAACUGCAGGAGACAAGCUGGACGCCAAAGAAAAACAAAAUUUUAAAAUUUAUACAAGUGUUAUAUACUCGCACAAGAUAGUUUCUAAAACUACUUAUACCUAUAUGUUUCGAUAUUUUUAAAGACAACCCCACGUUAAUUUUAUCUGUAUUAUUCAAAUUUCGAAAAUCUGUCAGGAACUUUCCUUGACGCGAGAAAAAUGGCGAAGAAUAAUAAAAAUAAUAAAUAAAUAAAAUAAAAGUCGAGAUCGAUUCCAAAGCUGACGAAGGUACCACAUGUGUGGUUUAUAUUAAAUUGUAUAAUCAUUGUAUUCCCUUUUUAGAUGGUGUCCAAGGAUGCCGAUGAAGUAAAAGUAGACGAGGCACCUGCCGCACCUGUGGAAAGGGGAAGCUGCUAAGCCUAAGGGGCUGACAAGGCCUAGCUCUUCUCUUCUCUUCUCUUGAAAGUGUAAAUCCUCAAUUGGUGGAUAUUUUCAGUGACAGCGAAAGCUUUUGCAGCUGAAAGAAAAGCGUCUCGAAGUGGGGAUAUAUUACAAACAUUAUUUAUAUAUAAAUAAACAAAUAUUGCUUGAGCUUUUAACGAUA